AAACUAUUUGUUGGUUGCCGGCUGUCCCUACAAGGUACUUGGCUUGCCUCGCUAUUGAUUACGACUCCGGCCUUGACAGCUACUGCCGCAAACCGUAGUUUGCUAAUGUGAUCCUAGUCACACUAGUCAAUAACCAUCCACUAUGGAUGUAAAAGCCGUGUAGUAUGUCACCGAGCCAUGGCCUGCUGCUUCUCUAUCUAUUUCUGUUUCACUCAUGCCGUGAAUCGCUUGCAGCCAGCUUGUAUGGCUUAGAUUAUAAUCCGGAAGACUUCGUAGUUGCCCAGCCCACUUGCGUGCACCGGCUCCCACUUGCACAAGUCAGCCGGGGAUGGCGGAAGGAGGGAAUACGAUCUUUUGUUGUCCUCAACAACUCCAAGCUUGCCGAGGAGCUCAACAACAGCCCAUCAUCGCACAAGCACAGGGAAGCAUAUGGCUACUGGGACGAUGACUCAAUUGCCCAGGGCUCGUGGCGGGGCGGAAAUGUAGGCGACACACGCGCCGCGGCGACACCCUUCCUCGCGCACCGACACUUUGGGGACACCUACAAGUGGAUGCUGUACGGCGACGACGACACCAUCUUCUACAUGACAGGCGUGCUCAAGCUGCUAUCCCAGUUCGAUCCCGAGCAGCCGCUCGCGCUCACCGACAACAUCUGGUACUACUCGCUGCACCCCAGCCCCAGUGCGCCGCGCUGCCUGCCCUGCGGCUUCAACACCAGCAGCAUCAGCACGAAUCACAGCUUCACGCCCCGGCCCGCCUGCCCCUUCUGCACACGUGCUCUAGCCUGCGGAACCUAUAGCCCGCGCUACCGCUGCAACGCAACCCACAUGCAACACAUGGCCGACACGUUUGGGCCUUCCAUCACGAAUUUCCCGGCUCCUACCGGCUCCCAGAACCCCGGUGGGAAGGAUGGGAGUCAGGGUUGGGGUUUAGAUUCUGAUGACGGUGGUGUCGGUGUUCGACACCAAGCCGCUCACGAGGGCAUUGACGAAGAUGGGGCGGAGGAGGCGGAAGUAGAGGAAGAGGAAGAAGGAAGCCAAAGAGGGCGUUACGUAGCAGCAAUGCGGAGCACAGUUUCCAGCUACGCGGACUGGAUGAAGCGGCAUGCGGAUCUAAAAGCCGCCUACCCAGUAGAGUAUAGAUUCAAACCCGCCAUGGAUUGGGAGAUGCGAGAUCCUCCGACUCCGAAAUCUGGAUCUGAAUCAGAAUCCGUGGGUGCUGUGGAGGACAGCAUCGACAUCAACUACCGGCGCCGGCGGCGGAGAAGCCGCACGCUGCUGCAGGAAACUUCCACCACUGUCGACGGCCAUGGCAGCAGCAAUACCGGCAAUAGUGAAAAGCCCGGUCACAGCCGACCAAGCCGGGCGCACGUCAGCGACAGUGGUUUUCCGCAGCAAGAUGACGAACAACAGCAGCAGGGUGGCCAGGAGCAUCGGCACCAGCAGCAGCAACGGCAUCACCACCAACAUCAUCCGCGGCGGCGGCUGGCGGGCCGCUACCGGCCCAAGGAGCAGCCCUUCCUGGACGGAAGCCGCUGGUGGUCUGCGGCACUGGGGCGGGACGUGACGCAGGACGCAGCGGAACUGGAGGCGCUACGGCUGCCGUACCCCUUCUGCGCACGACAUGAUGACAGGUUGCACACGACCGCAGCGCCCAACUGCCUGGUCAGCAUCUCGGGGCACGGCGGCACCGGCAUCAUCUUCUCCGUGGGCCUGAUGCGCAUGAUAGCGCCGGAAGAUGCCAUCGCCUUCAUCACCAAGCAGAGGGGCUGCGGAGGCGGAGACUGCCUGCUUGGCAGGACGCUGUGGUUCCGAAUGGGCAUUGGCUUUACGGAUCCCGGCACGGCACUGCAGCACGGCGCAGAGCGGUACGAAAAGUUCACUCGGUUCAUUGACAGCAACCUCCAGAUGUCACACCUGCUCACGCUGGCUGACCCCACGGCGGUGCUGCUGAACCAGCGCAAAGGCACCGCCCGCACGCCCUCCUGCGAUAAGGCCUGUGUAUGGCUGAUCGAGAAUGUGGUGGGCACGCAUGUGCGUGCGCACAACCGGCAGGUCAACUCGACAGAGGCUGCCAUGGUCAAGCACCUGAGGACUCAUGCGCGCGCAUAUGAGUGGGUGAUGCAGGCGCGCGCGGAUCCCGAGGUUGCGGCUGGGAACCUGACUGUGGUGAAGUGGAUUCAGAGGCGGUACGGUGCUGCUACGGUGACGGGGGGUGAGGGAGUUAAGAAAGCGGUUCCGCGGGGGUAGAGGUACGGAGUCUUUGCUGGCGCUGCAAAUGCCGCUUUGGGUGGUGCGUCCGUGAUGGAGGCGCGAAUGGGGUAAAGGGCGUUUAUAUCCCGUGCGUGAACAUGUAAAUUGCUGAGUGCACAGGCGAGG